UUCUCUCUCUUUUUCGAUACAAUCGAAAGAAUGAAGAAACACGACGAAAUCAAAACCAUCGAACCUUUGAUCGUUUUCCAGAAACAAUGAUCUCGCCUCGUCGUCUUCUUCUUCCUGAGAUGUUAUCGAGAUCGUUGCUGAAUAAACUCGAGAAAGAGAUCUUGUCUCGUCUUCUUCUUCUUCGAUUCGAUCCAAGUCUUCGACCUAUGGAGAAGGCUGUGGAAUACAAGAGAGCCCUCACAGCUGCCAAAUUAGAAAAGGUUGCUUACAAACUUUAGCAACCAUACCAGUUUGGAUUGGUUUAUACGAAGCUCUCUACAACGUGGCGAAUGAGGGGCUUUUCACAGACGGUUUCUUUUUAGAGGAAAGUUUGGCCUUGUUUAUAUAGUAUGAGAGAAGCGGGAAAGAUAAUGCGAGAAUAGAUGUAUAUAUGUAGCAUAUGUAUGAAGUUUUUUGUAUCUGCUUUUUGCCUUUGUUCUCCCUUUAUGCACUUGUGUAUUUUUAAGACAUAAUUUUUAAUAAAAAUAAUAAAACACUAAGGGAUGACUAAUGGGAAUAAAAAUAAAUAAAAACAAGAGUGUAAAGAUGUAAACUUAGAUUAAUAUUAUUUUUAAUAUUAUUAAAAGUUAGUGACACUCAAAUAAGAAUGUGGAAUGGGAAUGCUCUAAUUGCAUUGAUUUAAACAGAAUAUUCGUUAAUUGUGUGGCAGCAUAUGUAGUUGGUAAUAGCUAUUUCCGUAUGAUUACUAUUCUCGUUUUGGCGUAACAGGUAAAGACAAAAGUUCUUUGGUUUCUCUUUUAGAAUAAAUUAUGUAGAAAAAUGUUACGUUGAGGUUUUGAUAUAAUUUAGUCCCCUAACCAUCCCAUAGAGUCGGUCGUGAAGUAUAUAUGUGGAAAUUUACGUCAAGAAAAUAAAAUAAAUAAUAGUGAGUCCUUCGUCUUUUUUUAAUGUUGAAAUACAAGAAUAAAUUAUGUAAGUCCUUCGUCUUUGUUUUCUAUUUUUUCUUGUUCAACUCUCCAAAAACGUAUUUGUUUAUUAAUUAAAUACAAGAAUAAAUAAACUACCGAGCAACGUUCAGUUUCUCUCAUACUCAUACACAACUCAAAGAUCUUUCUACAUGCAUGGGUUCUUUCAACUUGCCUCACACGUCACCAUCCAAGGGGGGAAGUGAAACAUUUCUUCGUAAUGUGUUUGAGAAUAUACUGAAGACGUACCUAAAGAAGAACCCAACGGCGAACAAAAUAUGGGAACUUGUUCAGUCAGUGGACAACGAGAAGAUCGUAUACGACCACUUCACUUUCUAGACUCUUAAGGUUGAUGGCUACGGAAUUGAUUCUUUGGCAAGUUUCUUCAUGGAUUAUGGAUAUAAAAUUCGAGGUGAAUAUUAUUUUCCAAAGAACCUACGAGUUCUCUGGUUUUCUCCUCCCGACUUUCACGUCCCCGUUGAUGGUCACGGUCUAAGCAACGGCUCUUUGCCACAACUUGUUCUAGCUGAGGUUGUUGUGGAUGAACUAAGCCCUGAAUCACAGGAGAUAAUAAAGAAGUAUUUAAAACCAGAAGGUGGUAAACAAGCCCUUCUUUCAUGUAUUUUGGGGAAUUUAAUUUGGGAGAAGCCUACAUGGACCGACUUCAAUACACUUGCCAAAGAAAACGAAUUUGCGGCAUGGGUACUUAUCCAUGGCUACACAAUGAACCAUCUUGCAUUUUCCGUUCAUCGAUUCAAACACCGUUUCAAUGACAUCAUAUGCCUCAAAGAGUAUCUAGAAGGAAAGGGAUUCGAGCUCAAUAAAGACGGAGGAGUUCUGAAAGUGAGUCAAGAUGGUCUACUGUUACAACUCUCGUCGAUCUCGGAGAAACUUGCGGUUGAAUUUGCAGACGGAGUAACUGAAACAGUCCCGGCUUCUUUUAUUGAGUUCAUUGACCGUCAAGUUCUUCCACAGUUUAAAGAUCUGCCUCAUGACCAGAUUGAAGAGUACCAUAGACGCAAAGACUUUGAUUUCGAUAAUGGAAAAAACAUUUUGGACAGCGCCCGCUUCAGCUCAGUUUGGUCCAAUCCUGUCUGAAAUAAAAUUAAAGUAAAAGUAAAUGUUUGCAAAUCAAGUAUGAAGUGUGUUUAAUAUGUGUUUUGUUAUAUCUAUGUGUAAAAAACGCAGCUCAUGUGGAGUGACGAUUACUUAAUAAGCUAAAUAUGUAUG